GCUGGGCUUUGUUCAGGCUUAGGAGAGCAGUGUAUUACAAGAUACGCGAGGCGCAGGCAGGGAGUUGAGGGCUUCAUUUCACAAUUGUCGGCAUCUGGAAUAUCGGAGCGGUACACGACCCGAAUAGCCGGCACGUUUUCUCCAAGCCAAAAGUGACUCUGGCAAGGGGAGUAUUGUGUUUUCCGCUCGUUUCGGUCUAUCUCAUGCCGCUCCGGAUGCUUAGUUCGUAUUGUCAUGAGGGGUCGACAUGGCUACCCUCAAUCACGUCCGCAGGUCACAAAUUGACAUAAGAAGCUGGUAUCUCUGUGCUCAUGAUGUUGCCAGACUUCUUGUUAGAUCGUCUACACCGGACGUCUUUAUCAGGCGAGUGGCUGCUGAUAACACCGUAAUGAUGAUGAUACACUCACUCUCAACGGUACUGGCUUGUGUCUCUGCCGUCACCGCAACUAUCUUGGAAAACGGCCGCCCAAGACUAACGAGCUUCACCGAUACGAAGGUGGAUCCGACUCUUGGCGACUUCAAGACGUACGAUGCCGAUGCCGACGAGAUAUCGUACAAAGGUCGAUGGGACUCUAAGCGCAUAUCGUGGUGGGCAGCCCCGGGCAUCAAAUUCGGCUUUACUGGUCAGACAGUCGCAGUCACGUUCGGUAAUCAGACUAUCAGCAGCACUCUUGUCGCCUACAGAAUCGCCGGCCUAGACUGGAUGCACACAAAUGUCACGGCGGGCGGCACUCACCAGUUCGUGAGCCCCGAAACCCCAGGCAUCGAGCUAGCUGGUCCUGUCAGCCCAGUCACUUUUGAGAUGAGAGUGACAAACUGGGCUUAUGGAGUCCAAAUCGACAAGGUCCAUGUGGCUUCUGGAGAACAACUUGUCAAGAUUCCCGACUAUCCUCGUCGGGUCGAAUUCAUCGGUGAUAGCCUGUCAGCAGGCAUGUAUAAUACGUACGAGGCGCUCGCGGGAUUUGCCUACGGUGUCGGCGCGGGUCUGGGAGACACUGAGUAUUCCAUAACGGCCUACCCGGGCAUUUGCGUUGCCGAUCAGGACUGUUGGGGCAAUCCUCGAGGGCAAUCUCACCAAUGGUUCUACACAUCGGACACGGGUGGACGGGCGGCCAACAUAUGGGGAGAUGAGCCAGAACCUUGGGACUUCUCCAAAAACCCUCCUGCCGACCUAGCUGUCAUCAACCUCGGCACAAACGAUGCGAAUGCUGCGAACAACGUCACCAAAGCCACCUACGUUGAGCACUACAAGAGACUCAUUCAGGGUAUUCACGGAAAGUGGCCCGAAGCCCAGGUCAUAGUCAUGCAAAUGUGGCAAGGCUUUUUCCAAGAUGGCAAUACGUACGGUCAAAAUACCGAUCUUCGGGACGAAGUAUACAGCGUUUACGAGUACUUCAACUCGGAAGAGUAUCUAAGCAACCCUACAACUUGGGAUGCUGUCACAAACACUACCGAGCAGACGGGUAAACCGGUGUCACCUUUCGUGCAUUUCUUCAAUACCACAGGCAUCCUCCAGCACAACGACAUCGCGCCACAGUGGCAUCCGACGGAUGUCGGCCAGAUCAAGGUUGCGAGCCACCUGAUACAGUACAUCACGCUGAAGCUCGGCUGGCCCUUGUAUGCUACCGGACCCGAGGUGUACCAUGAGACCCUGUACUGGAACGAUCAGUCUAGCUAUUGA